UCUGGUUUUGAUGUAAGAUUUAUUUGUCUUUACAGGUCAAGGAAUUGUUUUUCUUUUACGGUGUUUGGCGUAGAUUUACUGUAAGUGUAACUUCUAAUUGAAUAGUUAUUUUGAUAAAGUGUUUCAACGCGGUUCUAACGAUGUAUGAUAUGGAUUCUGACGUCUAAUAUUACAGAGUGAUAAGUGUUGUGUCGAAUAGGACAACAAGUGACGCGCCAUUGUGUACACAUACGCUAUAUUUACGAAAGCUAUAAACAUUUUGCUAACGACCUUAGCAGUACAAAAACCUAAAUUUUUACUCUUAUUUGUGAUGUACCCGCAUUCCAUCAGCGCGGAAGAAGACCAGAAGACGAAUUUGAUUCCGAGUGUUAAUCUUCUCCAUUCAAAAAGAAAAGGAAUAUUUAUACACCCCUCUGCUAUGUACAGAAGUAGUGCACCUUGCACAAAUAUUACGUUUACGACAAGAAGUUUGUUUGGGUAAAGAGAAUAAACAAGAGCAUUAAAGAUGAAACUCUUGCAAAGUGGUCGCCUGGAGGCACUGAGUAGUGCACUGUCCAUCUUGAAUGGAGACAGCGCUGUGCAGGGCCGUGUAGAAAGCUACAGCUGUAAAAUGGCUGGUGGUGAGAAGGCUUUCUACAAAAGGUUUACUGCAGCGGGUGAGACAACUCACAACCUUCAGGCUCUAUCACCACCAGAAAGUGUUACAUAUAGCCGAAGCCUUUCUGGUGAUGAGGAGGGUGUCCUGUGUGAUACUAUAUCACGAAAAACCUUAUUUUACUUGAUUGCUACACUGAAUGCUGCCUUUCCAGAUUAUGAUUUUUCAUUGGCAAAGAGUUGUGAAUUCAGUGCUGAGCCAUCAUUGACAUGGGUGCAAAGUGCAGUGGACGCAGCUCUUUCGGCGGUGGGUGGACUCCGCUGGCGACAGCUAAAGCCUGCCUUGUGGGCUGCUAUUGACGAGGAGGUCCAGCUAGCUGACUGCAGAAUAUAUAGCUACAAUCCCGACUUAGCCAGCGACCCAUUUGGAGAGCCUGGAUGUUUGUGGACCUUCAAUUUUUUCUUUUACAAUGUGAAACUGAAAAGAAUUGUUUUCUUCACUUGUAGGGCAAUGAGCCCUGUUUGUGCUGACUCUGGUGUUGAUUUUGCUAUGGAUGAAGAUGAAGAGUAUAAUUAAAAUUAAUAAAUUUUGCAGACUACCUUGUAAAUUUAAAACUAAAUACUUAUUUUUUCAUUUUAUUAAUAAUAAUUUAUACUUUCUCCUUAUUCUUUACAUACAUUUUUUUUAUUAUUAACAACUAGGUAAUAAUACACAAUUCAUAUUUAUAAUAACUAAUUGUACACCUUAAAUGUAAAUGUAUCAAAAAUAUUGUUUAUGUAUAUAUUUAAUUAAACUUUAUACUUCUAAAGGUUAUGCAACUACAUAAUGAUAAUAAUAACAGAUCUCAAUUUCAAGCACAAACUCUGAAUAUGCCUGUUAAGAUUUAUUUUCUUAGUUAGUCAUUAUUUUAUAACAUACAGUAAAUAUUAGAUCAAUUUUAAAGUCAAUAGAGAUGUAUUUCAAUACAGUAUAAACUAUAUUUUACAUUUUAGUAGCAAUAAAUAUAUUUUAGUUGAUUAGUUCAUUUGACAAUGUAAAAGUAUCUCAGACUAAUGGCACUGCACUACUUUUAUUACUCCUUAAAAUAAUUAAAAUUUAUGGAAAACCUGAUCAUCAAUGAAUUUCUGGUGUAAAAUAUGUAUUACAGAAUUUAAAGGGUUUGAAAUUUAAACUAAAUUAGUGACGUUAAAGGUGUGAAAAGUAUCAGCUGUAUUCAGUUGUAUAUUACGAGUGUUGACGUGGAGUAGACAUUAGGCUUUAUAAAUUAACGAAUUAGUAAAAUAUUGAUGGUAUUGUGGAAUGUCUCGGUAGUUCCGCCUAUUGUUUCGGCGUUUUUGGCUAAAGUAGAUAAUAGUUUUUCUUUAAUAAAAAUUUUGUCUGCA